UUCAUAACCUCUGAUGUUAUUUUUUUACUUCAACCGCAACUACGUUGACGCUACUCUCACUCAGACACAUCAUUGAUUCCUGUCAAAACCUGUAGAGCAGAUUGCUUGCUGAGGUUGCCAUGGCAUCGUUUCGGUAUGAUGUGAAGCCAGAGCCUGGAGACCUCAUAGAAAUCUUCCGAGGCACUUACCAGCACUGGGCCAUUUAUGUGGGUGAUGGUUAUGUCAUUCACCUGGCCCCACCCUCUGAACGUGCUCAAGCUGGGGCCUACAGUAUGAUGUCUGUAGUGUCUGACAAAGCCACAGUGAAGAAAGAAGAGCUUUGGAGUGUAGUUGGUGAUGAUAAGUACCGUAUCAACAACCUUCUAGAUGACAAAUAUGAGCCUCGAGCUCUCAGAGACAUCAUGCGGGAGGCCCAGAAUCUUUUGCGAAAGGAACUUCCAUAUUGUGUGUUUAGAAGAAACUGUGAGCACUUUGUUACAGAGCUGAGAUACGGGAAGCCACAAUCUCGCCAGGUGCGAAAAGCAGUGGAGAUUGGUGUUGGAGUUGGACUUGCUACAAUGAUUGGCUUUGGAGUUCUUGCAGCUGCUGCAGCCAUUUUUGGUUCAAAAGACAAGGAGAAGCAGACACAAUGAGCACUGAAAAGGAAGAACUGAAAGCACAAUUGUGGUUUCACCAUUGUUUCUAAAUUUCUAAUACAU